AUGGCCACCCUCCGCGUUCUCUCAUUCGAUGCUGAGGGCCGCCCGAUUCAGUUCGAACCCUGGCUAGAUGAUCUCCACCUGUUCUUAAUGAGCGAUAGCAAAGACAACGUUUCGCUUUUCGACCACACUUCUGGUGCAUCCGUCGCCCCUGCUGCUGCAGCUGAGCUGAGCGUCCGUUCCCACUGGCAGACUCGUGACGCUGCUGCCCGCCUAGCCAUUCGCAACCACCUACCGCUAACCGAACUCAAGCAUUUUGGCGAGCACAAAACCGCUAAGGCCCUGUACGACGCUGUAGUUGCUCGAUACUCCUCCCCUGCCACUGCUGAGCUUAGCCGCCUCAUGCUGCCCUACCUGUUUCCUGAGCUGUCCACAUUUCCCACCGUUGCCGAUCUUAUCACCCAUCUUCGCACUAGUGACACUCGCCUUCGCGCCGCCCUCCCCAAAGAGUUCUGUGCUAAGAACCCGCCUCCGAUGUACUGGACCCUCCACUUCAUAGUCACCCGUCUCCCUGACUUGCUUAGCUCGAUCAGGGACCACUUUCUCGCUCGCUGUCCCACCGAGCUCACUGUCGACCUCCUAGAGGAGCAACUCCUUGCAGCAGAGAAGAGUAUAGUCGCUGUAGCUGCUGCUCGUGGCGCUCCUCGCUCUCCCAUCUUUGAGGGGUGCUCUCCCUCUCCCCUCGCCCCCUCCUUCGCUACUGCUGCUGCUGUUGACUUCCUUGGUGCUGAGUCCGCAGGUGCUGCUUCUGCUCCUGGUGGGAGGCGCCGCAACAGCAAGGGCAAGGGAGGCAAGGGUAGUGGAGGUGGCAAAGGGGGGGGGUGGUGGUGGAGGAGUGGAGGCAGUGGAGGCGGAGGGGGUGGCAGCGGCGGUGGCGGCAGCGGUGGCGGCCGGGGCGGUGGUAGCGGCAGCGGAGGCGGUCGGGGUGGAGGCACUGGCGCUGGCCAGAGCCAGCAGCAGCAGCAGCGUCCCCAGACAUCCCAGCAGCUUCGUGAGUGGCUUACUCAGCGUGGGAAGUCUGGGGGUGGUGGUCGCUGCCCUUAUGUCAUUCGCACAGGUGACCGCAAGGGUCAGACGUGCAACAAGUUCCACACCCAGUACCGCUGCUUCUCCCGCCUUGACGACGCCUGGCGUGAGGAGAUGGGCGAGGAGGUAGACCGCCCUCGCUGGCAUGAGCUGUAUCGGGCUGGUGUAGACAUUUUUGCUCUUGACUUUGAUGCUAUUAUCUCUGCUAUGUAUGCAUUGGAAGUUAGUGCUGAUGGUGACUGUUACCUGUGUAUGCCGCCUGACCCAGGUAUAGAAGGUGUUGCCUUAGGAGCACGCGAGUCUGCUCUCUCAGGUACUGCGCCUACUGAGGCCUUGCACACCUUCACACUUGACUCAGGUGCUUCCCGCUGUUUCUUCCGUGACAGUACUGCCCUCACACCACUCCCAGCACCUGUUCCAGUCCGCUUGGCUGACCCCUCCGGGGGCCCAGUUCUUGCACGUUCCUCCACUGUUCUCCCGUGUCCGGCGGUUCCGUCUGGCUCAUUGUCGGGUUUCCACCUCCCCUCGUUCUCGACGAACUUGGUGAGCAACGCUGCCCUUCAAGAUGCGGGGGUUAAUACCUUCACCCCUGCAUGGCAGCGUGUGGCGAUCUGCACGUGUGCACAGACUGGCCGUCACCUGGCCACGUUCACUCGUCGGCCAGGGUCGAGUCUUUACACACUGACGACUGUGUCUCCUCAUGUUGCUGCAGUUGUUCGUCUCCAGCUCCGCCGCCGGUUCCGGUCGUACCUUCCUGUCCUGCGUCUGCACUCUGACAGAGGUGGUGAGUUCUCCUCCGACCUCUUGCGGGCCUUCUGUCAGAGGGAAGGUAUCGAGCAGUCCUUCACGCUUCCGGGCUCACCGCAGCAAAAUGGGGUUGCUGAGCGCCGCAUUGGUUUGGUCAUGGAGAUCGCUCGUACCUCCUUGAUCCAUGCGGCUGCUCCCCAUUUCCUGUGGCCGUUUGCAGUCCGGUACGCCGCGCAGCAGCUCAACCUCUGGCCCCGUGUGUCCUUGCCGGACACCUCGCCCACACUGCGUUGGACGGGGGAGGUUGGUGAUGCGUCGCGCUUCCGGGUCCGGGGUGCUCGUGCCCUUGUCCGCGAUACGUCCGCGGACAAGCUCUCCUCCCACACCAUUCCCUGUGUCUUCCUUGGCUUUGUCCCUGACGCGCCUGGCUGGCAGUUUUACCACCCCACCUCGCGCCGGGUCUUCGCCUCUCAGGACGUCACCUUUGACGAGUCGGUUCCUUUCUACCGUCUCUUCCCCUACCGCACUGCCCCUCUCCCCCCCCCCCCGCCACUUUUCCUCGCUCUAGGUCCCCCUCCGGUCGACCCCCUCCCCCCUCAAGGUCCUGCUCCCUCAGGUGUGUCUCAGGUAGACCCACUCCCCUUGGUUGAGCCUUUGGAGGUCACUUCUGACACCUCUGGCCCGGCUGAGGGGGGUGACGUUGCUGCUGACGCCCCGGCGGCGUUCCGCCGCACACCACACUUGGAGACCCCUCCGGGUUUCCCGCCGCGACCGUCCUCGCCGCCUCUGCAGCCGGUUCCUGUUGACUCUGGUGCUGCUGGGGGUGGUGCUACUCGGGGUGCUGCGUCUGGGGGUGCUGAGCCUGUGCGUGAGGUGCUGGGGGGUGUGGAGCCUAGGGGUACUGGGCCUUCGAGUGCGGAGCCUGAGGGUGCUGAGCCGGAGGGUGCUGGGUCGGGGGGUGCUGAGUCUGCCAGCGUUCCUCAGGGUCUUGUUUCCCGGCGGGGACCUCUCUCACCACAGCAGCUACGAGAGUGGCUUGCGUGGCGUACCCGCCUGAGGAGUCGUGUUGCUGGAGCUGGAGGUCCUGCUGCUGGAGGUACUGGAGCUGCCCGGACUGGAGGUGUCGCGGGAGGCGCUGGAGCUGGAGAUCCUGGAGCUGGUGCUGUCGACCCUGGAGUUGGAGACCCUGGAGCUGGAGGUGCUGGUUCUGGGGAUCCUGCUGCUGGGGGUGCUGGUUCUGGGGGUGCUGCUGCUGGAGGUACUGGGGCUGGAGAUACUGGAGUUGGAGGUGCUGGUUCUGGGGGUGCUUCUGUUGCUGGUUCUGGGGGUGCUUCUGCUGCCGGUGCUGGAGCUGGAGCUGCUGGCGCUGGAGCCCCUGGAGCUGCUGACGCUGGAGGCUUUGGAGCUGCUCGCGCUGGAGGCGAGGGUGCUGCUGGUGCUGGAGGUACUGUGACUAUUCGAGCUGGUGGUGCUACUGGUACUAGAGGUGCUGGUCGUCCGAGCGCUACUGGUCGCGGAGGUGCUCGCGCUUCGGGAGCUGGAGCUGCCGGGGCUAGUAGUGCUGCGGACCCUGGAGCUGGUGGUACAGCACAGUCGCGCCUGUUCUUCGCUCCGCCGUCUCCGUCGUCCCUGCCGCCGCCUGACACCGUGCUUCGCCAGGUUCUUACCCUCCCGUCUUCUACUGGCCUCCCGUUACAGCCUGGCUCUCCGCUGCCUGCGCCGUCUCCUUACCCUGUGCAGUCUGAGUCCCCUUCAGAGCGUCGUGAGCCUGCGUCUCGUCCUGCCUCACCUGUUCGCACUGUUCACACUGCUCGUCGUGUGCCUUAUCCACGUCCUCCCCCUGUGCCAGGUGUUCACACUAUGGCACUUCGUCCUUCCUCUGUUCCUCUGCGCGUUCCCCUAUCGUCUCCUCCUGCGUCCUCUCUGCCUGACGUUCCAGACCCUGAGUCUGACCGGUUUCGUGCUGAGCACCCUACUGUCACGCGUCUUCUAGCCACUGUUGUCACUGACCCGUCGUUUGAAUCUGCUGUAGCGUCUGCCUUGGUUGCUGAGCUUGUCGACUUUGCUGCUGCCUGUCGUCUAGACUACGCCGCUAGUCUUGUUGCUGAGUCUGAGUCUGUCUGUCCUCUUGUCUGA